AUGCUCAAAGGUAUUUACUACGAUCCUGUAAACGUCACCCUCGUCAACAAAUCAAAUACCACUACCUACAUUGGAAACUAUGUCAUUCCCAAUUUUUAUCAGGGGUUCAGGAAGACAGCUAAGAAAGAUGACAGUGUUGACGUUGAUAAGGAAGUGGCUAAACGCGCCGUUUUGGACAACGGGACGGCACUUUUCAGGGUGGAUUUGGCGACAGCCGUGAGAUUCAGGGGUAUUUUUGGGACGACAAAGAGGCAUCGGAUCAUGGCUGGGGCCGAUGUGGAGGUCAACGAUCGAGGUACAAGGGUCGACCAGAAGAACGUUAAGCUUUCUCAAGCAACUCGAGUUUGCGGUCUUGUGGUGCGGUGGGAGUUCUGUUGA